AAAAGAAGAUAGAGAAAAAUGAAGGCGAAAAUGGAGGUGUAGGGAAUACAUUGGAAGAAGAAGCAGUGGACGUCCGUUGGGUCCAAAACCCUAAGUAGAUUUGGAGUUAGGGUGAUCAGAUCUGAAAUUGUUUUGAUUAGAAUGGAUUCAAGCAGGAGGGCGGUAGAGUCGUAUUGGAGGUCACGGAUGAUCGAUGGAGCGACCUCUGAUGAAGAUAAAGUGACGCCUGUUUACAAAUUGGAGGAGAUUUGUGACUUGCUUAGAUCCUCACAUUCCUCUAUUGUUAAAGAAGUAUCUGAAUUCAUCCUCAAACGUCUCCAACACAAAUCCCCAAUUAUCAAGCAAAAGGCUCUCAGAGUGAUCAAAUAUGCCGUCGGAAAAUCUGGUGCAGAAUUCAGAAGGGAGAUGCAAAGAAAUUCAGUCGCUGUACGCCAGUUAAUUCACUACAAGGGUCAACCCGAUCCUUUGAAGGCUGAUGCACUCAAUAAAGCAGUCCGUGAAACAGCACAGGAAGCAUUAUCUGCUCUAUUCUCUUCAGAAGACACUAAACCUCCUCCCACAGAAAAUCUAAAUCUUGGUGGUAGGAUACAAGGCUUUGGUAAUACCAGCUAUGAAAUCGCAGCAGCAGAUGAUAAGAGGUCUUUCCUCAGUGACGUCGUUGGUAUAGGAAGUGCUACAAUUAAACAAGGACUUAACACUCUUACACAAUCUCCAUCCCUAUCUCUCAAAAAGAAUGAUACUGGAAGUUACACAAGUCCAAAUCUUCAGAGGUCAUUGACAACUCAAGCUGACAGAUAUCAAGGGAUUUCUUCUCACAAUGAUACUUCUCGCUUUUCAAGAAAUCCUGCUUCUGCAACUUGGACUCAAGAUCUUCAACCAUCUCACCCUGAAACAACAACCAAGCCAGAUUCUGGUGAAAAGACCCGAGAAGAGAGGUUAUUAGAAACUAUUGCAACGUCCGGUGGAGUUCGUCUGCAGCCAACUCGGGAUGCACUUCAGGUUUUCCUUCUGGAGGCAUCAAAAUUAGAUGCCUUGGCUUUGACUCAUGCCCUUGAGUCAAAACUGCAAUCACCUUCGUGGCAGGUUCGUGUGAAAGCAAUCUGUGUCCUUGAGGCUAUCUUGAGGAAAAAAGAUGAUGCUCACUUUGGUACUAUGGCAUCUUAUUUCACUGAAAAUAGAGAUGUUGUGGUAAAAUGCUCUGAAUCUCCCCAAGCAUCAUUAAGAGAAAAAGCAAACAAAGUCUUAAAUCUUCUGAAUGAUGGACAAACAGCUGAUGCUGUGGCUCAUGUAGAUAGGUCUGCAAAUGCUUGUAACCCUGCUGUCCAGAUGCCUGACUUGAUAGACGCAGACAAUUCUGACUAUCUGUUUGGAGCAGAUGAUUUAGCAAAUAUGCAGAGUAGUGAAGGCAUAAAAAUUGCAUCCACCUCUGCCACCCCUCUGAUGGAUGAUCUAUUUGGAGACAAUUCGGGCAGCAGCUUUAGUUCCAGCCAAAAGAAAAAUGAUGAUGACCCCUUUGCUGAUGUUUCUUUUCACACCAGUACUGAGAAGGCGCCUGAAGCUGAUCUCUUUUCUGGAAUGACAGUUGACAAAUCAGAUGCUACUGAAAUCCAUUCGGUGAAUAAUAGAAAUGGACCUGAACUGUUUGAUAUCUUUGGUCCCAGUGUUGAAGUUCCUCAGGAACCCAAUAAUUCUAGAAAGGAUGUUCCUGAUUUGAUGAAUAGUCUCUCCUUGAAUGGGAAUGAGUCAUCCAUGAAGCAGAAUGGCAGCUCAGGGGAAACCCCCUAUCAGAAUAUAUUUCAAGAGCCCACUAUUGAUCCUCGUCAUCAGGCUUCUAAUGAUGCCAUGAACAGCAUACUUUCCUCCCAGGCUGGUGGAGCUAAUGCAAAUUCCAUGUUUCCUUUGGGUGCUAUGCAGUAUAACUUGCCUCCUGGCUUCGUGUUGAAUCCAUCAUUUGCUCCUCAGGCUCUAAACUAUAAUGCUAUGGGAAACAUUUUUGCUCAGCAGCAACUCCUUGCAACGCUUUCCAGUUACCAGCAAUUAGGGAGCAUGCACCCAUCCACUAGUGCUAGUCAUGCUGCUGAUUCUGCUGAAGUUUAUGGUUCAGCUCUCCCCGAUAUCUUCAAUGCUAGCAUUUCUAAUCAAACUCCUACUUCCUUGAUGAACACUUCGAAGAAAGAAGAUACCAAGGCAUUUGAUUUUAUCUCGGAUCAUUUGGCUGCAGCUCGUGAUCCAAAGAGGGUGAUUUGAAUGGUAAUCAUUCAAAGGAAACCAGAAUACACUGCUUAUAAGAUGUAAUAGCUAUACACAAUUUGAAGCAUGAAUUUAAUCUGUAAAGUUCCUUUAGAAGCAGUGCUGUCAGUGUGAAAAGACCAACUAUUUUUUUUCUUUUCUGUCCAAUAAUGAGUAUUCUGCCUCGUUGAGAAUUAGCUUUA